GUUAACCGCUUCACUUCGCUACGUCACGGGCAUCGUUUGACCAUCGCGUCGUUAAACUCUCCAUUUAAACGUUUCUCUCAAAACGUUCUUAACACAAGUUCACUCGCGCGCUCACACAGUCACUCCUCCACUGCCAUCACUGCUCUACGAGGAAAACUGUCAUUUCAACUAAUCGUGUCAUUCGUUCCUCGGCUGCAAGCAGUGUGCGUCGGGUAGUCACUCUUACUCUUUCUAUAUCGUUGGCUCUUACUCGCUCUAUCUCCCUCUUACACUCCCGCUACACGCGUUCCUCCCUUUCAGCUUGAUUCUCCUUCUGCUUCUCCUUCUCCAGCUCCUCCAGGAACCCCUUCCCCCGAAACUGCGAGCAUAUCGCGUCGAUUACACCACGCUAUAUGUCAGUUAAAACAGUUGGCCGUAGACAGCCUUAAGUUGACGACGACGACGCCGGCGAAGAGACAACAACGCCGACGGGCAGGCUUGCUCGUGUGUGCGCCCGACGCAUCGAAUUAUUAACCUCUUUGUGCUACUCUCGAGAGACUCUCUUGUAUGUUCGUCGCGAUUUCAUUCCAGUGCAGUGUAUGUUGUCAGUGGAAUAACUUUUGGGUUAGACCCCAGUGCUUAACGAAGUGUCACUGUCUCACGGAGUUUUCGGAAUUGCUCUGUGAACAGUCCAGAAGGAAAAUUGACAUUGGCGCAUCCACCGGUGAAACUGUUUACUAGAGGUUGGCCUAUCUGAAUCUGAAUGUUACGUGAGAAUUUACCUUCGUAUCUGCAAAUGAGAAUUCGUAUAUUUUUAUUGGUAUUUUUUAUUAAUGGCAGACUGCAAUGUUAGUUUGAGUGUUUUUGAGGGUUAUGUAUUUGGAUUCGACGCCGAAGUGUCUGCCGUGCCGUAUGUCAGUCGGUGCUCUGGAUCAGCCGGUGUUUGAUCGGCUAGUGUUUCGAAUUUCGAAGAGGCUCGUGUACACGAAAGUGCGUGGGUGGUUAAAAUAAAAUGCGAUAGUGCGUCUAGUGUUACCGUUCAGAGGAAGCUCAACGACGUUCACCUCGACUGUGUGCCAGUGAUCUUUACUAGGUUUCAUUCUUGGAGGAUCUUUGAAAAUAGAGAUACUCCGCAGGCCAUUGGAAAGUACUGCUGGAUUCGUUUCUAAUGUCCUGAUUCCUCGAAAAAGGGGAUAACGAUGCUCAUGGGUUUAUCGAUCAAUGUUGGAUGGUGAGGGAAGGAUGAAGAAUGCCCCGCGUCGCCGGGGAAGGGGGCGGUGCGGGAGGCAACGAGAAGACAAGCGGACCCGGAGGAUUCGGAGGAUGGCUUGGGGGCGCUGCGAGAGCCAUGACAGGCGUAGGAGCUGCUGGCUACGUCGUCCUAGGAGGAACCAGAUACAGAUUACGUCUAUCUCAGGAGAACUUGCCACCAGCCAGUUCGCGCGAGGAGUCCCAGGAGAGGAAGAAGAAGAGGAACUCGAGAGAGGGCGACUCCCGGGAACGCCUGACGGAGAAACCGGCGGAGAAGACGUCGAUCGAUCUGACGGCGAGCGUGGCCGAUUGUUGCUGCAUCGGUCCCAGGUCGCGGCUUCCUCUGCCACGAGUUUCGCUGUCGUCUAGUGGAACCGGAGGACAGCCUCCGUUACCGCCUGGUCACGUUCCUGGUCCUGCUCCUGUUCCUGUAUAUGCCUCCGCACCCGUCGUCGCUGCUAGUGCCACCGUCAACAGCAGCAGUGGCGCCGGCAACAGCAGCAGCAGCAGCAGCAGGGCUGCCGUGGAGCCAACGCAACUGCCGCCAAACUCAAACGCUAAUAAUAACCGUGGGGGGCUGCAAAUGGGGAGCUACGGCUCGCAGCCACAAUCAUCUACAGCAUCAUCGUCGGCCUCAGUGGCCCACUCAGUCUCCGUGCCGCGACAGCUCGCCCAGUGGACCAAACACCAGACCCUUAAGCUUCAGGAACCAGCAGUGACAGCAGUGGACCGAUUGCACAGGUUUCGCUGGAGCGGGGGCGGAGGAGGAAGCGGUAAAAAGUCCUCUUCCGGCCCCCGGAGUGACAAGGCAGAGCGCCUGCGCGAACUCACGGAAAAGCUCAAAGGACCGGCUCCAGUUCCGCCCCCGAGAAGACCAUCCCGAAUCCAUGCGUCUUCGCCACCCCCGGGUUCACAUCAGACGGCACCAGCCAAUCAUCCUCAGACACCACAGACCGGCCCGGUGCAAGGCUGCGGCCGCUGCGAUGGUCGACCGUCCUACCGCAGCAACACCUACAGUGAUGGGAGUGUCAGUAACAGUACUCCAGGAUGCCAGUCGAAGACGUUUUUCAGAAGUGAUAGUGUCAGUGAAGAGUGUCUGAAUGAGCCGACAGUCGAAAACGAGAGUAAAAUCGGUAGCUUGAACUCUACGUCGAGGAAGAGUGCGAAGCUGGCCAAGGCCAAUGAGAGAAACAGUGGUGACAUCAGUGACAUCAAGAGUCUCAGUGAGUCGAACAGUGAAGCUAAGCACUUGAGACAAUACAGUGAUUCGGUGGUGGACAGUGCCAAGAGUCUCGACGAUUUAUGCGAACCCGCCGAGAAUAUUGUCGGUCUCGGGACCCGCGGCUCACCUGGCGGCACCGACGCCGAAGCAAGGGAUGCAAUCACGAGAUUAGAGCCUCGAGGACCUCUUCUGUCGUUUCACAGAAGCGGCGCUCCCUUUAGAAGCGCCUCCUUCAGCCAGGUUGAUUUUCAUCAAGGUAACAGGCAGAAGAUCCAACCGAAUGCGAACUCGAAUCGUACCGAGUCUAAGGAUGUUCGUGCGAGUACCUUGCCGCGACGUCGUGGCGACGUCAGUCCAGGCGUCUCGACGCCGCAUAACAGUCCAAAUCGACAGAGUCCAAGAGCCUCCACUCCCAGUAUAGACAGUGCCGUAGGCUCUGCCGAAGGUCUAGGUGCUCUUCCGCAAACGGGACCCGAGGAAGUGCGUCCGAGAAGCGAUGGUUCCGACAGCCUGGCGACCUCAAGCGCCCUAACCAGUCCUGAACCACCGGUACCGGAGAGCCAUGAGCCAAGAGACCUGGCCCAACCAGACAUACCCAUUUCGGAGAGACUUCCGGAUGCUGGAGAUGUACCGGAACCCGCGGUCGAGGAAACGGUUCAAAGGGAAUGUAGAAUAGAACCGCACGAGGUGAUCAUCACGCCGCCACCGGAAGAGCCGAGAUUGAGUCAAGCGAGCGAAGGCAGCGAGGCUCCUAGUGAAACACCUUCGGAGGCCUCGUCGCCAGGGAAAACACGAAGGUAUCGUGGCGACACGAGCAAAAGGAGAAAAGGCGUCUACAUCACUCAGUGGCCGGAACCGUCAGACGGCGACAGAAACAGACUGGCCGCUCAAAGCAGCGAGGAAAGAGACGACCCACCAGCCACACCAAGCGACUUGUCGGACUGCGAAGGACACACGCCGAGGAGGUACAGCAAGAGGCCACUUCGAGGUCCCUAUGGACAAAUGUUGGAAGCAGAAAUGGCGAAACCGCGCACCGCCGAUAUUGCUCUCGAGGAAGGUUUGCGCCCACGUCGGAAAGUCUCUGCCAACCUGUCGUACAGUGCUGGGACGAACAGUAGUUCGGAACCUCCGACGCCUUGUCAUCACAGAACGACCUCGAGCCCCAGCAAGUUGGAAGGAUUACUGGGACCUAGUCCAGAGCUUUUGGCUGAACUUCUCAGAGGAUCUUCCGAGCGCGUAGCUCGGGCACCUGCGCAUCGAAAUGACACGAGAACACAUGUCGUCGUUGAACUCUACGAUACGGAACGUUCAUACGUGGAGGCUUUGCAGAUACUAGUCAAUAAAUAUCUACAACCUCUGAAGAGUCCCGAGAAUGCGGGACUUGCGGAUCCCGCGACGGUCGAUGAAAUAUUUUAUCAGGUACCAGCCAUACUGAGUCACCAUGAAAUUUUCCUUGAGGAAUUACGUAAACGGCUGGAGACCUGGGAACUACGACAAACGAUUGGAGAUGUAUUUCUCGAUGUGUUUACGAAGCCCGUCGUCCUCGAGACCUACACUCUCUUUCUUGACAAUUGGAAAUCGGCGAAAAAGUCUAUAAAGACUACUUGUCAAGCGAAACCUGCGUUCGCGAGAUUUCUAGAGGCUAUGGAAAGAGAGCAUAAAGGAAAGCUCGGACUGGACCAAUUGCUAAUUAAACCUGUGCAGAAAAUUCCACGAUACGAAUUGCUCAUUCAGAGGCUUUUGAAGCACACAGACCCUUCUCAUCCUGACUAUGAACUUCUUACUGCUGCUCAGAAAGAGGUCCAUGAGUUGGUUGUCAAGAUCAAUUGUACGGAACGUGAAUCAUUGGAAUGGGAACAACAGCAAACAACUUUGAGAGAGGUUCAGGCUCUUGUUGAAGGGUUGGCAGGAAUUGUCACGAAUGACAGAGCAUUUGUCCGACAUGACUUGGUAACGAUAGCAUCGAAUCAGGGAACAAGAAAGGAAAGGGCUCUCUUUUUAUUUUCGGAUCUUCUAGUGAUAACGAGUAUCAAACGAAGAAGCGGUACAAUAAGGAAACCAUCUACGAGUUCGUGUCCAAACAGUUUGUUGGGUUUACUCGAGGCCAACAAAUACAAGAUGCUCAUGAGAAUUCCUUUGGAUGACCUGGAGGUGAUGAAAGCCAAAGAUGAAAAUCUGAGAAGAAUGGCGCGAGAAGUUGAUCACCUUCGGGAGGAUUGUGCUACUCUGAGUCAACUGCAGGAACUGACCGCCACCUUGCACGGAGCUAAGCAGCAAUUGGAGGAUCUUAUAAAGGAAUUGUUGGUCCAGGCUCAGCGUCAAUUGGCCGAAAGAAAUGCGGCGCAUUCUCAGCUAGCUUGUUUGGAACUCACAUUGAAUACACAAGCUGGAAUUGAGAACAUAUCAGUCGUGUUCACGAAGCCAGAUAAAAGGGCAAGUUGGGAAGAGAGCUUUAACGAGGCCAAACAGAAAUUAGCUUUAUCAGCAGACAGAAGACCUUGUCCAGAAUUUGUGGGGCCUCUGCCAAUUCGAAAGACGAGGGCAGGACUUCAGUUCACUUGCGCUGCACCGACCUUAGCAAAUGGUCAGGGGCCACGGGACGUCUGGGUCUGCAACAGUGAUGGCUACGUGGGGCAAGUUUGCGUUUUGAGUUUGAGUCCCGAACCGCCACAAGUCACGUCAUGUAAUGGAGUCUGCAAUGCGAGGAUACUUUGCGUUGCUGGGAUUCCAGCUAGUGCACUGGGAGCGAAUUCGUGCGCGCCGAAUAAUAAUCCUUUUGUAAACAGUAAAAGUGGUAUCAGCAUUUCCGUUCAAGAUGCUGACGCAAGUGGUGGAAAUAUUCAGCUAGAUAGCAGCUCGAGUUCAGACGACUCGGACUCGGAUGACAUUCCAUGCGCAGAUGCAGGUAGUUCUUCGUUGGGCGGUGAUGUGUCCAGUAUAGACGGUGCAGUUAUCGAGGAAGAUGUUAAUCAGCCGACGAUGUGGCUCGGCACGGAGGACGGUUGCAUCCACGUUUACAAUUGCAGCGAUAAUAUUAGAAUAAAGAAGAACAAAGUGAAGAUUCAACACGGGAGCAGCGUUCAUUGUAUCAUAUAUUUGGAUAACAAGGUCUUCGUGUCCCUCGCCAAUGGUGACAUUACAGUCUACUGUCGAGAUCAUACUGGUAGUUGGAACACAGGCGAUCCCACAACCAUCUCUGUAGGAACGGUGGCGUCGCCAGUGACAAAGAUGCUUCCAGUGUCUGGGAAAUUGUGGUGCGGCUGCCACAAUACUAUAAAAGUUUUAAACACUCAUCCCCUUGACAUCGAGCACACCUUCACAGUCAGUAGCGACACUAGCCGACCGGUUUCCUGUAUGGCCAGUUCCGGGUGUCUGGGUGUCUGGAUUUCUUUGCACAACAGUGCAGUUUUAAGGCUCUACCACACUGGAAGCUACGAAUGCCUGACGGACAUAAAUAUCGCACCAGCCGUCACGAAGAUGCUUGCCAUUGCAGGUUGCGAUGACAUAAUACGACAGCACAAAGCAGCGUGCCUGAGAGUGACAGCUCUUUUAGCGUGUAACGAAUUGUUAUGGAUUGGCACAAGCGCCGGUGUUCUUUUAACCGUACCGAUUCCCCAUAUAAAACCAUCCACGCAGAGAAUGUCCCAACCACCCAUCGUGACAGGAAUUCCUCAUGGGCACACGGGACACGUACGGUUCUUGACGUGCGUGGAGACGGUCGCAACGGCAAAGCCGGAUCCUCGUCCGAAGAUAAAUCGUUAUUCUCUAAAGACGAACAAGGUCCAACCGAAUAAUAUAAAUCGGGGAAAGCUUCUCGUCAUUUCUGGUGGUGACGGUUAUGAGGAUUUCCGUGGUCCACAGGCCUCUGCAGAAUUGCAAGCGGGUCGUGAAGACUCAACGAAUCAUUUGCUCCUGUGGAAAGUGUGAUACCUUUCGAGAAGGCCACGUCUCGAGGCCAAGGCGAAUGAAAGCAGGCAUGAAAAGCCGCGGGAAACGUUGUACCCUGGCGCCGAUAAUCGUCGGGCCACGUCGGGUCAUGUGGACGGAUCGGUACCUUGAGAUUUUUGGGAGUGGGACUGACUCUCACUGACGGAGACCUCCUCCUGGCCGUGGCAACAAAUUUGCCUGGCGUCCCAGUCUAGGAGGCAUUUUUUCUUUGAGAUAUGACGCCGAACGUUUAUCGUUCUCGUUGCUGCUUCGAGGCAGCAGCUUCAGUGAGAUUUAUAGGUCGUCGAGAGGUGUUCGAGAGAGCUUUGGAAUACGCCGAGGAAAAUAAUUACAACGGAUACGGUGGAUACGCGUAGAUGUAUAUUCAAAGUUUUUGUGAAUGGUCGAAGGAUGCCGUAAGUUUGAUGAAAAUAAAUUUCAAUAAGUCGCACAAUUUGCCGCUGCGUUGUGAAAAGCGUCGCGCGUCGCGCCAUCAGAGUGUUUUAUAGAUGAAAUCCGCAUUCCAAUAUACAGAUAGUAUAAAUCACGGGAUUCCUAAGGAGCAGCCUAUUCGACGUCCACUGCCGCUAAGUACGAUCUUUGUAGAUAGAUAGUCAAUUUUUCUAAGGGCCUGCCUGCUUCUUCAGUCUAUUCGAAUUUAUGGACGAUUAUUUGGCUAGCUCUGAACGUCUGCAUGCGUGAAACGCCUGAAAUUGUUGAAUCUCUCGAAAUUUCUCUCGUUUCCAAACUUUCUCCAACACCCUCUCUUUUUCUCUCUUCCGCUUUUUCUUUUUCUCUACCUCUAUCCUUCUCUCUUCGACUUUCUAUCAAAAUCAAAGAGGCAACCGAUUCACGGUCCUGUUAAAAUCUCUUACGUUACCAGAAAACACAGUCGUACCACGCUUCUGGUGUUUACGGGAAGUUCGAAAAGAAAAAGGAUUAAGUCGAACGAAACGGAUGAAAUGACAGACACCAAUCGCUUCUUUGAUUCUGAUAGUGAUAAACCAUUAUGAAGCAGCAGUGGCGUAAAACCACUUUAAAUGGGGAGUUGAACUUGCGUUGUUCCAAAAUACUGACGCAUGCGCAGUCGCGAUUUCGUAAUCGAGGAUUCCGUGUGUCUAGAUUGUAUUUUCUAGCGGUUCCUUAGAAUCUUAAAGGUUUAACGGGCGCCGAUGCAAAUAGACUAUGUACCUAAAUGUACAUUAUCUUUUAUACCGUCUAGAGAAAUGUGAGAGAAAGAUAUCAUUGGAAAUGACUAAGAGUACCUGGGAGAAGUCGAUGACGCUGAGCUUAUUUAGUAGGGACAAAAAAUGGGACUAUCGAGUCGUCUUACUAUUAAAAAUAGUUACAGGCCUAAGGAGCGACGAGAUACGUAUUCUGAGUUUACUUCGUUCUAGUAAACAAGUGCCAAAAUUAUAUUGCUAUCCCCUACCUGUGGUAUUGGCCAAGUCGUCAGCGUGCGUCUCCAAUAUUAUUGUAGUCAGGUGAAAGUCGCAAUUUUUAAAUUCACCUUUAAACCGAAUGUUUUUACGAAGUCACUUCAGCUUCGCCAAUCCAGACCACGCUGUCUCUAAAGACACUUUUUAAAGGACGUGUAUUUGGAUCUCGGUCAUCUUGUACCGGACGCAUUCAAUUGGUCUUCUACGUUUUACCUCGUGACCUAAGAUAGUGCUGCAGUGUAUUUUGUUAAUAUCUUAGAUCGGCCGCAGACGCGAUUAGGGCUUAGUGAUAAUGAGGCCUCAUAAAUUGUCAAUAAAGCAUUCCCUCCCUUCCCCUUGACCUUAUCCUCGUGCUAUCCCUUCGAUUGUUCCUCCCCUCUUUCCUUUCGUAAGCCUACAUCCACUCCGUAGAAGAUUCUGAUGCGUUCCGAAUUCUCCUGAUUUCGGGAGAGACAUUCGCGAGCGAUAUAGGAAAAAUGGACGUUCCUUAUUUAGACCCAUUGUGCCAGAAUAUUGAUCGUGGGUAUAGACACGGAAUUUUUGCGAAUAGUUGACAAUUUCGAUGACAGUUCUCGUAAUGAAUGCGACGAGUGAUUUAUUGACGAGUCUUGGUGGAAAUCGAUGGCUGGUCUUAAUAAAUAAAGUGACAAUUAAACGUGGUUUCAGUGAACGCAUGAGAAUGUCUGAAAAAUCAAAUUAAAUGCUAAUUAAAAAAAAAAAUAACUAAAAGUCUCGUAUGUCGUAUCGUGGGAUAAUACAGUGUCGCGAAAGGAGAAAAUGAUACAAGAUUAUAUAUUAAUGUUAUAUACGGUGUUUAAUUGUAUUGCGAAGUGUGACAAGAUUAGGAACUGUAUCGUGAAAUUUUGUAAAAUGGUUUCUCGCAAACUUCACCGUCAAAAAUCCUCAAGCCAUUUUACUUGAGAAUUACAUUGCGAAAGAUUCAACGUAGUCGUGCGAGGUUCUGUCAAAUGACGUCGUAUGAAUUUUGCAAAUUUUUUUUUACGUCAUAUGCCACUGCAUUGCAGUUUUACUGUCGUUGUACGACUUACUCUGUACUUAUUAACUAUGUGUUUUGUCAGUCUAAUCCAUUCGGAGCUGUGCCUUAAGUUUUCGAAAUUUCGAACUACGGCAGGAUGUACGGCCAACGUGACGUCAUUUCUCUUUUUUUUCUUCAAUACCGAAAUUAUUGACACUGGUGCGACUCGAGUCUUGCGUAAACUUUUAAUUUCGAUUUACUGCCUACAAAGUGAGUUGCUGCGAUGGCUGGAUGUAAAUUUAAUUUAGAAUGCAGUCAUCGCUAUAAUUAAAUUAGCAAUUAAAAUUUUGAGAAUAUACACAUUUUUUAAGCCGUACCUCACGCGACUACCUCGAUUUUCAUAGCGGUUAAAUAUUUCGGCGAUUCGAUAUCUAUCGUUGAAGCGUACUGCAAUUUAUCUAAUCUAAACAAUCAAUUUUUCCUCGUACUUUUAACUCCCUUCGAGAACGAUCACUCAUGAUCCUUCUUCUUGAUAGAAGGCAUAUGCUUUGACUGUUGAAAAUUAAUUUCGAUCCAAUCAGGCUCAAAUACUAUCGAAUUUAUUACGAGUAUCAAUAGGUGUCAAUGUGAGUUCGAAGCUGACUGGAUGGAUGCAUUAGGUAUUAGAAUAUUAGUGGAAGGCAUUUUAUGCUGAAGAAUGCAUGUGCAGUACUCACUUUCCACGCGUGCUGCCUAUCGGCUAGAUAAUCUGUAAUGUCAGAAAGAUGCAAUCUAUAUUUUGUCUAUGGCAAAGAUGUACGAAGUGAAGGUCGCGCCGGAGCGAAGCUAGAGAUAAAUAUUAACAUUCUUUUUGUAACGAGAGAAUAUCGAGGGAAGAUGAAGAAAAGUAGUAUUAAUAAAAUGCAAAAAUAAUGUAAAUCGAUAAUUGGGGCAGGACACGUCACGACUUUGGUUUUCUGUCUUUCGUUAGUGUAAAUCAAAAAAAAAUAUCUAUUCGUUGGAGCGAAACUCAAACGCAAGUAUCCGCGAAAUACUAUUCUGAUACUGAUAAAACUUAACGCGUGCGAUUCAGAUUAUGUACGACUUGAUAGAAACAUGAAAAAAAAAUAUUUAUUACAGUAUGUUGUAUGUUAACGUAAGAGUGUACUGUACGAGGUACUACUACUAUAAUAUACCUAGUGUCAAAUAAAGAAAAACGUAUAUUCAAUAAUAA